UCUGCCAGGUAUCUUUAUGCAAAGAGGACACAAACUUUCGCGGGACCAUAAUGGCAUCCUACUUUGAUGAACACGACUGUGAGCCCACCAAUCCCGAGGAACAAUAUCGCCAGAAUGCACUACUUGAACUGGCCAGGUCUUUAAUGCAGGGUUUGGACUUGAUUGACUCAGGAACGCUCGACUUGUCAGACUGGGACCAGCGUCUCCCUCCUCCGGCUGCCAAAACUGCUGUUCAGACCCUUACCGUGGUCAUCAUUUCUCCAGAACAAGCAGACAAAGGUCUGAAGUGUCCCGUGUGUUUGCUGGAGUUCGAGGAACAAGAGACGGUUCGAGAAAUGCCUUGCAAACACCUUUUCCACUCAGGAUGUAUACUGCCCUGGUUGGGCAAGACUAACUCUUGUCCGCUCUGCCGACUUGAAUUACCGACUGACAAUCCAGAGUAUGAGGAGUUUAAAAAAGACAAGGAGAGAAGAAGACAGAGGGAGCACAGGCUGGAGGACCUACAUGGAACCAUGUACACAUGACGUGACAGUGCUGUGAUGCAAGUUUGUGGCACAGCAACAUUUUUACUUUUUAGAAAAAGAAAACUUCAGGAAAUGCACAAUGCUGCAUUCAUGCCAUUCUGUAUAGAAUGUCAUUUCAAGAAUUGGAAUGGGAGAUAACACCCAUGAAAACUUCAUAUUUUUAUAUUUUUAGUUAUGAAUCAGCAGUAUAAAUGACAUUCCUAAUAUCUGCCAUCUGGCAAAAAGAAAUACAAGAAAUUGUUGGCAAAUGGCUUCAAAGCCAUUCAUCCCUACCCUCCGUCUAUAAAAAAAAAAUCUGAUAUUACAAAUAUUUAACACAUUAAAAAAGCUAAUCUGGUGAAGUCGGACUGCUCCUGUUGAGUAACAGAGGGGUUUCCUGUUCUCUCUGUUUAUUUGAGUUGGCUUGAAUGCAGCAUAAGCAACAAUAUCAUUGGAAAUGCUUAUCUUUGAUUAUAAAUGCUCUUUUCUCACUAGUUAUAAAAAAUAUAUAUGAAAAUAUAUGAGUAUGCUAUUGAUAGCAGGUUUGACACAUUUCACUUUAGUGUCUUUAUGCCUUUAAAAAAUAAAUUUAUGAGCUUUAAACACAUACAAAAAAUAAUAAUCUGUUUUUGUCCAAAUAAUAUGAAUCAUUUAAAGUUGCUCUCUUUGAUUUUACACACAAAAAAAAGUUUGAGAGAAUUUUUAAGUGCACUCUGGCGAGGUAGUGUAAAUAGUAUACACUUCUACAAAAACUUGGGGUUCUUUUAUUGACUUAAAGAUUUAGAGAAGAAAUGUAAAAAAAUGGAAGCAGCAAAUGUAAUGACCCGCAGUUUUAUGUAUAGGUCAAACUCCAAAGAUGCUGAAUGCUACACUUCUCAUUAUGCAUUUUUAUGUUAGUCACUCCCUGCCUGGUAAAUGCCCAUAUCUACAAACACCAUGUCCCCAGUGUGACAGUAUUUCUAUACAUGUGUAGUCUCUUCUAAAGGCACAGAGGACAUCAUUUUCACUGGCUCAGUAUUUCUUCUCAGGCUGAGUUAACUGACCUUCAUGUGUAAAAUUGGUUCCCCUUUAACUUGUCUCAUGAUUUUAUGUUUGAGAGAGCGUCUUCUCUCUUCUAGUCUGGGCAGAGGAAUGAUUAGUAACAACCAGUUUGAUCUGGAGCAUCACAUGUAAAUUUAGACUGCUUCUAUACCACAGCAAUAAUCUGUGACAAAAACAUGUUUUCUGUUGGUGCACAUGUGCUAACACAUAUUAUUGGAUGUGCUGACACUGCUCAGCUUUGGUGGAAGUGUUAAACUGCAGAAAUGAAAAAAAAAAAAAAAGACAAAACAGUUUUGUUCUCCAGGCAAACUUUGGUAUAGGCCUGUUGAGAGGCUUGUGAAGAUCAGGUUCACAGUUCUCAAAACAACAGUUUUUGCUCCUAAAUUCUGUCUUUUCACACAGGGUGUUCAGGAAAGCUGUGUUAUAUUUUCCCCUCAGGGCUCCAGUUGCGCCGUGUAUUCGGUUGGCACAGUUUUUUCUCUCUGAGCGAGUAAACACUUAGACGAAUGAGGUAAAUGUUUUGCCUGUCCCCCACUGGUGUUGUGAAGCAGCAAUAAAUGACUCACAGGUGUGCAGUCAAAAGAG